GCGGCCAUGUCGGCGCUGGAGGCCUGGUUCGUCGCCCGGGCCCGCCGGCGCUUAGCCAUGACCCGCGAGUGCGGCCUGCUGCUGCCGCGCGUCUGCGCCGCCCUGGCCGACCCCCGGCGGCCUGGCUCCGACGACACCUGCCUGGAGAAGCUGCUCGACUGGUUCGGGGAUCUCAGCGAGGCCGAGCCUACCUUGAAGCUGGUGCAGGACAACCCCUGCCUGACGGAGCUCAUCGCCGCUGUGCUGGUGCUGCCGGAGCCGAGUCCGAGCAUCCUCUCGUUUACUCUGCGGUUAACGGGGCUUCUCGCGGCGUCGGAAGACUGCUUUCAGCACCUGCAGCAGGAGAAGCUGUUAGUCAGGCUCUUUGGCAAGGAUGGGCCUCUGAACAGUGUGAUGUGGAAAGAUGCAUCUGUUCGAAGUGGCUGGGUGGAAGGUGUGCGCAGCAUGAUGCAGCACCAGCCUGCCCUCCACUUCCUCUGCAGUGGUGGAGGCAUAGAUGUGAUCUUCACUCUGCAAGGAGAUCCCAGCCUGUUUGUUGCUUCAGCUGCCAGUCGGCUUCUGGUACACAUGCUCACCUUCUCUCUAGAGUCUGAAAUGACUAAACCUCUCAGUGUGAAGGACUGUGACUGGCCAGUGUGUGCCCAAAUGAUUAUAAAGCAUAUAGAAGAUUCCCUUCAAUCCAGCUCUGUCUCUCAAAUCGAGCAGUCAGUAAAGCUGUUAACUAGUUUGUUUGGCAGUUGUCAUGCUCCAUGGACUGAAGUUCUUUGGUUAGGUGUAGCAAAGCAAGUAGAAUCCUUUUUGACGGAAGAGUCGGUUCAAGCAAAGCGCAUGCUCGCGGAUCUUUUGCUUAACAUGGCAAGGUCUCCUGUGUUUUGUGACACUGAAGGCAGCUUUUGGGCUUUAGUGACAUCUGCUCUGGAACGUUUAACCCCUCUACAAGCAGGUCCUCUGGCAGUGGGAAUUCUGAGGCUCUACGAAUGCCCACAAGAUGUGAGGAUUCAGGCACUGACUGUUCUGCUUCAGCCGAUGGACUGUAUUUUAAGAGCAGCCUCCCAGCCUCAGAAAUAUGCAGGUUUGCUGGAUGAGUCUGUCACUGAUCCUGCCACUGUUGAAAGUCUUCUGUCCUCCAAGUCAUCCUGUGCUAGUCUCCUGUGUCAGACUCUCCAUCAUCUAGAGGAGCUACUGUCUCUGGUUCAUUUGCCAGUGGAUUUACCUUAUACAUUGUUGCUACACUCUUCCACGACAAUAUUACAAUUCUGUAAUGGCCUCCUAAUUCCAGCUUCUCCUCUGGGAAGCAAGAUAAGCCAGAUCUUGAUUGGUUGCUUGAGAGUACAGAGGUCAGCUCUUGAUGUCCUGGCUGUGCUCUCAGAGCAAAAGGGCUGUGACGCACCCGUAGAAAGUUUAUUUGAUGUCCUUUUGUCAUACUUGGAGAGUCCAAACACUAAUCCUAUGGUUCUGAAAAAAUCAUUCCAAGCUACAUCCAAAUGGCUGGUGUGCUUACCUGAAAUUGCCUGCUUCAACAGCCAGUGGCAAACCAAGAAGAUUUUGCAAGAUGUAUUUCUGGUGCUGCAGAAGCGUUUGUGCAGUCCAUGCUGGGAAGUAAGAGAUUCUUCUCUGGAGUUCCUCACCAUCCUGAUUAAAGGCCUAAGAGACCAGGAUGAGUUCAGGCAGACUCUCCUCUCUUCGGAGGUGCCGAAGCUUACAGAAGAUCUUCUUGAGGACCCAGAGAGUUAUGUACGAGCAAGUGCUGUGACUGCUGCAGGACACUUGACCUUCAUUACUUACUCUGUUCCAGAGUCACCUGUCAUAGGGAAUCAAUACAAUAAAGAGAACACUCUAACAAAGCUUCAAGAGAUCUUGUCUACAGAUCCAGAGGGCUUUCCUAGGAGGGCUGUGAUCAGUAUUUUCACCAAGUGGCUAAGAAAAGGCUACACAGGUCUGCUGCAGGAUACAGAGCAGUUUGUCUCUAGAGUGAUCCAAAUUGCCGAAAGUGACUUAGACUGGGAAGUCAGACUUGGUGGUUUGGAACUGGUUGAAGUUUUCUGUGUCCAGACGCUUUGCCGACUUGGCCGUCCUAAAUGCCCAUAUGCUCCUUUCUCCUCUGCGUUCACUAGCUCUGUUCGUCAGAGUGAGUCGCUGCAGAUAUUUUGCCGAACAAAACUGUUUGGCUUUUUAUUUUGUUCUUUGUGUGACUUUGACAGGCCAGUGGGUCAGAAAGCUUGUGAUAUACUGCUUGCCUUAAGAUCCAGUUUUUAUCCAAGUAAUGCCCUAAAGGAUUGUCAAGAGACUGAAGAUUUGUCUGCAGGACAUGGCAUUGCUUGGUUACAAAGGACACUAAGGCAGGGUUGUCUGGCCCAGAUCUUCCCCCCAGGCAGUGGUCAUGAGGUUGACUUCCAAGAUCCAGAGAGCAUGCUACUGGCUUUGGGAACGAUAGACCUAGAAGAGCUGCAUGAUGAUCUAAACAAAAGUAGUGACCAUGUGGAGAAAAGCCCUCAGUCACUCUUACAGGACAUCAUUACUGCUGUGGGGACUGUAGAGGAGAAUAAAGCUGACUGCUACUGAAGACAUCAGCUUGGAGGGAACAGUGCUUCAAACCAUUUCUUUCUGAAGGAGAAUUUUUGCUAGUCAUGAAGUCUUUCUUGAGAGAGUUUCAGAAGAAGGGCUACUCUGAAUAGAGAAAAGGAUUGUUUUGUUAUUUGUUAAAUGGGUCAGACAAUCUAUGAUUUAAUAUUGAUGAAAACUUGCUGAUAAAUGUACUUUAUAGUUAACUGUCUGAGCUGUUUUUCAAAGUAAAUAUAUUAAGAAAUACA